AGGCAGCCGAGGCCGAGAAGGAGUACGACGAGUCCGAUUUGGCCAAUCUUUAGAAGGAAAAAGAUGAGGAAAAGGCACUGAAGGAGCCGGGGAGGGUUUAGGGAUGAAGGCGAUGGUGGGACGGCGGGAGGAAAAACUGUGGGUCGUGGAGCUGGGGAGGAUAUAGAGUUCUCUCUCCUUUUUCUUUCAAUUUUUUAAGUUUUUAAUUUUUUUUAAUGUUGAAUUUAUUUAUUUUUAAUAUUUUUUUCUAAUAUGUUUUUUAUUAUUUAAUUAAUUAGCUAUAAGGGUAAAGUUGUCAAUUUAUUAGCAAAAUGUUGACUGAAGGGGUUAUGUGAAAGUGAAUUAAAACAUGAUGGAGUGUUACUGUAAUGUCUCAUACGUAAGAGGGUUUUAUGAAAACUCGAUAAAGCUCAGGGGGUGUUAAUGUAAUUAACCUACUAAAAUUUCUUAGAAAUCUUAAAUUUUGUCAGACAUAUGUGUAAAUUUAUUGAAAUAUAUUUUUGUGGUGAGAAAAUUUCAUUGGUUCUACGCAGCUGCAUGCGGGCCUCAACCACUGAACCCGACCCGACUCCGCGUUCACCUCCCAGAUUCUCGGAACACAACAUGUAACUCUUUAUAUUUCACAGAUGACUAACGGCAACCAUUUUUCAGUUUCUCCCUUCUUUCUUCCUCUUCCACUUUGACUCCUCACCUCAGGUAUCUCCACCACUCGCCCUCUCUCUCUCUCUCUCUCUCUCUCUCCUCUGCUUGGCUGCCGAGAAAAUCCAACCAAACAGAGCACCCAUUUUGUAAAGCUCCCAACUUUCUCCUUUAAUUGGAUUCAAAUUUGUUAACAUUUUUCAAAUUCGUUGACUUGCAAGUUUGCAACUUUGUCGUUCAAUUUGUGAAGGACAUUUAUGAAAAUGGACAUUGAUGAGCUUCUGGGUCGCAACCAGCCGGUGAACAUUCCGACCAAGAGUGCGAUAUACGUGUGGGGAUAUAACCAGUCCGGGCAGACGGGUCGGAACGGGAAGGAGCAGCAGCUGAGGAUCCCGAAGCAGCUCUCGCCGGAGCUUUUUGGGUGUACGGCGGGGGCUAAUUCGCGGUGGCUGGACAUUACUUGCGGCCGCGAGCACACCGCCGCUGUUACCUCAGACGGGUCGCUUUUCACUUGGGGAGCUAAUGACUUUGGUCAAUUGGGAGAUGGAACGGAGGAGCGAAGAAAAAAUCCGAAGAAAGUGAAGCAAUUACAGGCAGAGUUUGUGAAAUCUGUGUCUUGUGGAGCACGUUGUACCGCUGCUAUUGCAGAACCUCGUGAAAAUGAUGGAACCGUCUCAACAAGAAGGCUUUGGGUGUGGGGGCAGAAUCAGGGAUCGAAUCUUCCACGUUUGUUUUGGGGAGCCUUUUCUCCAAACACCAUUAUCCGUCAAGUGUCUUGUGGGGCAGUUCAUGCGAUGGCUUUAUCAGAGGAUGGCUUGCUACAAGCUUGGGGAUAUAAUGAAUACGGUCAGCUUGGCAGAGGAUUUACAUGUGAAGGAUUACAGGGGGCUCGUAUAAUAAAUGCAUAUGCGAAGUUCCUAGAUGAAGCCCCUGAGCUUGUGAAGAUUACCCAAGUGUCAUGCGGGGAGUACCACACAGCAGCUAUAUCUGAAAAAGGCGAGGUGUAUACUUGGGGGCUAGGAAACAUGGGUCAACUUGGGCAUUGUUCCCUUCAAUCUGGGGAGAAAGAGUUAUUGCCUAGGAGAGUGGUCGCACUUGAUGGAAUAGUCGUAAAGGAUGUUGCAUGCGGUGGCGUACAUACAUGUGCUGUGACUCAGAAGGGAGCUCUUUAUGCUUGGGGUGGUGGUCGUGCAGGGCAGUUAGGCCUUGGCCCUGAAACGGGAUUAUUUUCAUGCAACCCUAAUGAAUCUCAGUCAUUUUUCCGGAAUAUUCCUGCGUUGGUUAUUCCAACUAGUGUGCAACUCAUUGCGUGUGGACACUCCCACACGCUUAUCUCUACAAGGGAUGGAAGAAUUCAUGGAUGGGGCUACAAUAGCUAUGGUCAAGCAUCUAAUGAGAAACUAACUUACGCUUGGUAUCCAUCUCCAGUUGAUUGGUGCGUUGGGGAAGUGCGAAAACUUGCAGCUGGUGGUGGCCAUUCAGCCGUGUUGACUGAUGCAUGUACCUUGAAGGAAUUGUGUGAAUUUAGGCUUGCAGAUAGUGUUAAUCUAAAGAAUGCUUCUACGAUUGAGGACAUUGCGUCUAGAACAGGUUCAGACGCUUUAGCACGGCUUUGUGAAAGAUUGAGGCAGCAUGUGUAUGAGAGUGGCGACUGUGAAUACGAAGACGAUUAGAACAGCAGUUAUUCGAUGUGAAGAAACAAUUGGAUUAGAUUUAAAAUUGACAUCCAUUAUUUCAAUUUAUUCACUUUAUGGAAGAAGUUGUAAUCAGAUUAUGAAGGGGUUCAACCCAUGUAUAUAUGUCAAACUAAUAUCAUUUGUAACCACAAUUAAGUCAAGUACACAGUUGUAUUGAAAACAAUCACAUUGAGAUGUCGGACUUGUUUAUGUAAUUAUUCAAUAUGUGUAUAAAAAUGAAAGACUUGAUUCUCGACCA